AUGUCGGCGCUGCAGACAUUCCUGCUGGUCGUGGACCAUGAUAAGCAGGAGGCCAAGCAGAUCGCGGAACGAAUUGCUCAAGAUGUGGAGACCAAGAAGACCACGCUCAUUGAAGUCGUGCAGUCGCUAGGAGAGUACAUCAAUGACGAGGACUCGAUUCUGCGCGGCAAGGCCGUUUCCUAUCUCACGGCCGUGAUCCGGGCGCUCCCUCCGAAGUUCCUGUCGAGACAACAGAUUCAGGUUCUGACAACUUUUUUCUGUGAACGGAUUGAGGAUGGAGGGGCUGUCCCCGGGUUGGAGACUUUGCAGAAGCUGGAUCGGUUCAAUAAGGCGUUGGCUGAAGAAGUUGCGCAAGCGAUCUUCGAGCGCUUCGAGGAGCUACAGUCUCGCUCGCAGUCUCAGAGGUUCCAGGUUUACCAAUUGCUGAACGAAUUGAUGAUCAAUCAUCGUGCCGCCCUCCAUGAUAUGGGUGACGAGUCCCUGGUUGGCAUAGUGAACCUGAUGACGGGUGAGAAGGACCCGCGCAACCUGAUGCUGGUCUUCUCGAUCCUCAAGGUGGUGAUGGUGGAGUGGGAUGUGUCCAACCAUGCUGAAGCUCUGUUCGACUCCGUCUACAACUACUUCCCCAUCACCUUCAGACCCCCGCCGAAUGAUCCAUACGGUAUUACUGCUCAGGAUCUGAAAGACCGCUUGCAAGACUGUAUCUCGGCGAACAGCCUGUUUGCUCCGCAUGCUGUUCCUUCUCUGUUGGAUAAGCUUGACUCGACGUCGCCCAAUGUCAAGAAAGAUGCGCUUAAUGCCCUUAUUGCUUGCGUCAAGCUGUACGAUCCAAACACGGUGUCCAAGUAUUCGAUCACCAUUUGGGAAACUCUGAAAUUCGAGAUCCUCAACGCCCAGGAGGAAUUCCUUUCUGAGCUCUCUCUUCAAGUCUUGAGCAGUAUUGCGCAGCGGUUGUCGGAGGGCGUCACGCAGAUCUCCGACCAGCUGCCUCUUGCACAGUUCUUGCGCCCGAUUACCAAGGAGUGCAGCGAGCAAUUGCAGGAGCCUCAGCAAAAACAAGCGAAGCCUGCUCAGCAAAUCCUCAGCUCUACUUCCGCAGCAUCUGCAGCGUCGUUCACGCUCAUCGUGCAAACUGUCGUCGCACCACUCUUGACGAUCUACCAAGAAGCCGAUGGAAUCGCCAAGCAGAGAGCUCUGCUGGAUACGUUGACCGUCCUCUUCGAUUCUGCUAUCCAGGUAUUUGGCGCAUGGACAUCGCGGGACUCGGAGCCUAGCCUCAGCAACCCCUUGCUCGAGUUCAAGGAUCAGUUCUCGGACAUCUUCGGCCAGGCGCUCAUGGGCGUUAUCAAGGAGGAAGUCUUGUUCCGCAUCUCCGCCCUGAAGGGAUUUCUGCGCUUGUCCACCCUGCGCAACUACUUCCAAGAUAACGAAGUUGGACUCUUCGUCCAGUACCUUGACGAAAUCCUCCUAAAGGAGGAAUCAGUCGGCCGUGACGACCUGAAGAAGGAAGCAAUUGCUGCCCUGACAGAAAUUUCGAAGUACAAGCCGCGUCUGAUCUUGGACAUUACUUUCCCUGCUUUUGUAGCCACACUUCCUGACUCCGAUGAUGGGUCGAACCCCGAGUAUAUCACCACCCUCGAGACUCUCGCACAGAUCAGUGUUGAGAGAGACAUCUUCGACACCCUGGUCCGGCGUCUGCUCAGCAAGCUGAGCAUACUUUUGCAGAAGGAUGAUCCAGGAUCUGUGGACUACCCCAGGGCCAUCCUCUUGACUAUCCUUUAUGUCAUGAACCAAAGGAAACUCGACGAAACCCCUAACCUGGACCUCUACUACGACAAAAUCGUCGUGAGCCUGUGCCGUAGCGCAGCAACAGCAGCUCUAGGCAAAGCCCCGAACAACAUCCUAACCGACGCCACAGUCCUUGAUGUCCUCGGAAGACUAUGCAAUGUCAUCAUUAGGUCCCUCCCACAGAGCAAGCACGACGAAGUCGUAUCUAAUAUCUACACCCUCUUCGCCUCAGCGGACGGCUUCCAACAGGUGCCCUUCACUCCCUCGCCAACUGACAGCCACCGCCGCACCAUGAUCCUCUCGACCUACCUCCUCGCCAGCCUCCCCCGAGACACGAAGAACCUACCCCCCUGCACACCCCCCGUGAUGUCCGAUCUCCUCACAGACAUCGCAACCCGCUGCACGACCGAGACCGAGACCGCCACCCAACUGGCCUUCCUCCGCCAUCUGGCCCUCUACAUUAACAAGCAUCUCAGUAAGGAAGACCUCGACCUCGCAACAACCCUCUUCGACUCCCUCCUCCCACAAACCACCCAAGACCCCCACCUCACCACCUCCACCAUCAAAACCCUCUUCUGGAUCUCCAAAGCCCUCAUCCUGCGCCUCUCCCCCAAGACGACCCAAAUCCUCACCACCCUCCUCAACCUCCUCUCCUCCUCCUCCGAAGCCACCAGCACAACCGCAGCCCGCGGCUUCGCCAUCCUCCUCAAAGACGACGAAGUCCUCUCCCCAACCAACCACGCCAACGUCCGCCUCCUCUCCAAACAACGCGUCUUCACCACUUUAACCCCUCUCAUCUCCGCCCGCAUCCGCGAAGUCAACGUCGCCGGAACCGCAUCCACCACACACAUUAAACCCGCCCACCUAACCGCCCUCUCCGGCAUUCUCUCCACCAUUCCUCCCACCCUCGUCAUGCCCGAACUCCCCACCCUCCUCCCUCUCCUCCUUCAAAGUCUGGACCUCCAAUCCGCCGACUCCCAGCCCGUCCGCGCCGCCACCCUCGAAACCCUCGCAGUGAUCAUCCGCGACAACGGCGUCAGUGUGAUCGAAGAGUGCGGGCACGUGCAGAGCCUCGUCACUCGACUCCUGAAGACGGCCGAGCACGCGCCGACUACUGGAGCUAUUAACGGACCCAGACUGCGCGUCGACGCCCUCAAGUGUCUGUUCUUGCUUGCGCAGACGCCGGAUUCGGGUGCUGCGGAUGCUCCGAAGGUAGCUAAGGCGGGCAAGCUGUCGCCGCUUUUGCCGGUGAAGAACCAGGUGUUGAGGGCGUUGAGAAUGGUGCUGGAUGAUCCCAAACGGGAUGUUAGGAAGGCCGCGGUUGAUGCUAGGGGGGCUUGGCUUAGGGGCGUGGAUGAUGCCGCGGAGGAUGAUUGA